AUGCUCGUACUGCGCUCUAACGGCCGAGCUACCUCCCGUCCUCCUCGGGAUCCCUCCCCACCUGCUCGAGAAAGCUCCGUUCCUCUCCUCUCUUUUCCCUCGCUCCCCUCUCUUCUGUCUGCCCCCUCUCUCCCAUCUCGCCCCUCUCCCCCCUCUCUUCCCUUCCUCGCCUCUCUACCCUCCUCUCGUGAACGGGACACCUCGCCUCCUCUUCCCUCCUCGCCCCGCUCUUCCCUCUCCCCUCUCCACCGCUCUGCACCACUCUCUCCUUGCCGCCUCCCCUCUGCUCCCCUGCUUUCUCCUCCCCUUCCACCCCCACUACCCCUGCUGCUCCCUUUGCUCCCCUCACCUGGCUCACCACCUCUCGUCAUUCCCUCUCUACCCUCUCUACCAGUCACUUCUGCUAAUGCCACUCACACCAGCACCAGCACUGCUGCUACUAUUGGUGGUGCUGGUGGCGGUGGCGUCUCUUCUUGCAGUUGGGGCGUUUUGUCUUGUUGUGCUGCUACCAUGCUCAUCCCCAUACUGCUGCUCAUAGUCAUGUUUCUGCCCAGAAAUAGCAGGUCUUCUGUUCUCUCCACUACCAAAUACAUCCCUGCUAUUACUAUCCAUCCUGCUAACCUCCCCUCCAUCCAAACUGCUCCGCCUUCCCCUCCUCCCAUCCUUCGCCUCCUCCCUCUCCUCCUCCCACCCUUCUUCCCCUCCCCACACACUUCUCCCGUCCCGGCCCUUCCCCUUCUCACCUCUCCCCUUCUCGCCUCUCAUUUUCAUCGCCUCUACUCUCCCCAUCGUGCUGCUUCUCCUUGUCUCCUCCACCUCCACCUCACCGCGCCCCACCUCCCCAUAACCCUCUCCACCGCUCCCUCUCCUCCCGUGUCUCCCACCAUCCCAUCCUCUCGCUCCUACUCCCCCUGUUUCACGCUCUCCCCAAACAUCUCUCUCUUCUCCCAUUUGCCUGUUUUCACUCGCCCCUGCUGGGACCCCGCACUCGACCCAUCGUCACCGCUCUGCACCCCUCCAUACCCACCCCGUGGACUCGGCCUUCCCCAACCCUGUCCCUCAGGAGUGGACCGGCCGGGCCUGGGAGACCGCAGCGGCUCCGCUGUUCCCGAACCUCCUCUUCCCGAACCUGGCCGGGAGGUUUGGCCCCCAGCUUGCUUAGAAGAGGAGAGCAAGGGAGCCUGCUGGUUUGGUGGUCGUUUGGGGGAAGGAGGAGGGGCGUGA